CGCGGGAAACCCUGGGGCUUCCUCAGCCCUACCAAUGUCCGGCCCGCUGAUAUUCUUCGACGGUCUAUCCUGAGAUAUAUAUUAUCUCACGUCCCAUAGGGCGGCCGGUGUCUGGUUCUUGAAGAUGCCGUCGGUUUUCCGUCGCGCCGCUGCGAAUGCCGCGCCCUCGCCGCCAACUGGGAUCAUCGUCACAGAUUCGGACAAGAACCCUAUCCUACAGAUGAUCACUUGGUUGCUGAUCGCGUUGACCUCACUUAUGCUUUGCUUCCGCUUCUUGACCAAGUUUUUCCUGAAAAAGAAUCAACGGUUUGGAUGGGAAGAGGCGCUCAUCGCUUUGGCAUUUUUCGCUGGUAUUGGAGAAUCCGUGACGCUCCUCGUCCCCGAAGGAAAGAUAUUCGGAAAAGCGCGGAGUCUCAUUACCGACGAUGAAUUCACAGCAGGUCUUAAAGUACAAUACGCCGGGCAAUUGUUGUAUAUCCUCGCCCUCGGACUUGCGAAGCUUUCGGUCUGCAUAGGAUUAUCUGACUUAUCCCCGGAAACGGGACACCGUCGCCUCACAUCUGUCUUCGUUAUUACCGUCAUAAUCUGGUCGUUAGUAGCUUUCAUUGGGACGGCUUUUCAGUGCGGGAGCCAUGGUCCUUGGGAAGGCGGCGAGAUUAGCUGUAUUGACAGGAUAGCAUUCUUGGAAUAUGUGGACAUCACCAACAUUCUAACGGAUGCUUCACUCAUAGCCCUUCCAGCAAUCGUCAUAUAUCCUCUCAAACUUCCGGCUAUGACACGAAUCAUAGCUCUUAGCUUCUUCUCUGUGAGAAUAUUUGCUAUUGCAGCAACGGUUUGUCAGCUCAUCUAUCUUCCCCGCCUCGCCGAAGACGAUUAUACGCUCCGGGGAUUUCCAUACUACCUUAGCAUGCAAUUCGUCCAAUUCGCAAGCAUAUCAGCCGCCUGCGCUGCCUACUUCUGGCCCUUCCUCCGAUCGCUACGAAGCGGAUUCAUAUCAGCCAACAACAGAGCAUUGACUUCCGACUUCGCCCUCGCCAAGCUGCGUGUGACUCCUCCCAGCGGCGCAAAUACAUCUGACCUAGGGUCAGGGGGCUCCUCUCAAAAUAGAGAUCGAAGUAACUACAUCAAAAUCACCACCGACAACACCGUAACUACGGCUGCGAGACCGCAUGAGCAACCACGACAAGAGCAUUUCGGAAGCGAGAGAUAUUUGAGAGAUUGGUGAUAGGAGCAAGGAAGCAACUAUAUGACAUUAAUUCUGAAUUAAUACGGGCAAUUUUAUUGCACGAAUCGCCAUGAUCGGAUCUAGAGGCAGCAUGGGUGGAACCAUAAGGUAUUGUCAUAAUCCGAGGUGUCAGCUGGAUCGAGCGGAAGGAUCCGAAUUAAAGGGUGCACGAUCACCCCGCCCGCGUCCUAUCCGCCUAAGUCGUACCAGUCACAUAUAGGCAUAGGAAUUCUUCGAAAGCAAGGUAUU